AUGCAUUGGACAUCGCCUUCUACGUCUCAUGCAGUGGCGUCUCGCUUUAGCGUACGAGUGGACUCCGAAACGAGUGGAGCCAUGUUCUCGGAAGGAACAAGCCCGUUGGCACUGCACGAUAUCGUGGUGUCCCCGACAUCGUCCAAUUGGGCAGCGCGGGAACGCAUCGUCAGCCACUGUUUUCGCUCUCCAACGUCUCCCAACGCAGGUCAUCGCGACGUGCGCUGCCUCAUUCGCGAGGCGACGCCACUGCUGCAUGUGUCUGUCGUGCAUUUGCAUGGUGGAGGCACGAUUGUGUGCGCAGAAUUUGCACAUGCAAUUGCCGACGGCGCGUCCUGCUUUGAGUUCCUCUCGUGCUGGGCGGCCGCCAUAUCCAACUACUCUGCGCACUCGACGACUUGCAAACGUCGCCGACAAGAUGCACCCUCGUGGUUUCAGGGACCACACGAUUGGAUCUAUCCAGCCAUUUGCAACCAUCCAUUGCGCUUGGCCGCCCCGUCCAAGUGGCUCUUUGUGUCGUCCACUCCCAAAGCCUAUCAAGCUGUCGCAAAAGGCGCACGCGUCGUGCGGUCGAGUGUAUAUCGCCUCUCGUCAACGCAACUCCGUCAUCUCAAAGCGACGGCGUCGUCGGCAUGGCACCUGCAUCGCAUCAGCACCAACGACGCCGUGUCUGCUCUGAUUUGGCGAAUCACGUCAUCCCUUUCAACCCGAGUGAACCGACCGUCGCACUUGCGCAUGCUACUCAACUUUCGCCGUGUGUUGCAUCUGCCUCCUCACGUAACGGGCAACAUGGUGUACUCGAUUGUAGCGUCCGACUCCCCCGCCGCCCCUGCGGCCACGUCCUCCACGACCCGUCUUGCCCAUCUUUGUCGUGAAGCCGUCGAGUCGUCCAAAUUCCACGUCGUCGCGGACUUGGCCACAAUCUACGCCACCCCAUGGACUCGCAUCUUUUGGAACGAGCCAGCCGACUCGACUGCGGGCGUGACGUAUGUGACCAACCUGUCUUGCUACAACUUUUGUUCAUUGCCACUACUUCCAGACGUUCCUUCCGCUUUGGCAGAUUUGCGCUGUGCUGUAGAUCAGCUCGAGAGUCCGUAUGGCGCGUUUCCGUACUUGUUUCAGCUGUAUGCAGAUCCAACGUCAGGCAUGCGGCGCUGUGGCAGCAACUUGUUCCUCCUCACGAUGUAA